AUGCACAAGACGCCAACCGGCACUUGGCUACCUGCCUGGGUGCCAGAGUCGUCCUUCACGCUAUCUUUCCUCCUCAUCAUCUGCUCGAUCGUGCAGUCGACAACCGGCGGCUACGAUGGCUCCAUGCUCAACGGCCUCAACAUCUUGCCUUCCUACACAGACUACUUCAAGCUGAACUCCGCCACGACAGGCCUCAACACCGCAUCCGUCUUCAUCGGAGGAUUCCUAGGACCCAUCUUCUCCGGCAUCAUGGCAGACAAGCUAGGCCGACGACCUGCAAUCUUCUGGGGCUCCCUCAUCACGAUCGUCGGCAUUGUUCUCCAAACCGCAGCUCAAAACAUCGCCAUGUUCGUCGUCGCUCGCAUUGUCCUGGGUUUCGGCUCCGCCGUCAGCGGAAUUGCUGGCGGAGUGUACCUCUCCGAGACGUUCGCCAGUCGAUGGCGUGCGUGGGGUGUUGGUCUGCUUAACGAUUUCUAUUACAUCGGCGCUCUGAUCGCCGCUGGCAUCACGCUCGGAACGGGAGAGUGGCAAUCUACCUGGGCGUGGAGAGCACCCACCUUGUUCCAGGCCAUUUUCAGUGUACUAUGUAUCCUCAUCUUGCCGUUCAUCCCUGAGAGUCCAAGGUGGCUGGUCAAUCAAGGUCAUUUCGAGGCUGCCCGUCUCGCUGUCGCCCAGACGAACGCGAACGGUGAUUUGAACGAUCAGGUCGUCUUGACUGUCUACAAGGAGAUUGUCGACACAUUGAAGUGGGAGAAGGAAGAGCAGCGAACUAUGACUCCCAUUCAGAUUGCGAAAGACCCAAUCGCCAGAAAGCGCUUGCUCAUUGGGAUGUCGGCUGGGCCAUUUAGUGCUAUUGCAGGCAACAUCAUUGCUUCCUACUAUCUCGGCGCCGAACUCGACACCGCAGGAAUCACCAACAGCACCGACCAACUGAAAGCGAACGUCGUACUCAACGUUUGGUCGCUGGCAUGCUGUCUCGUCGGGACGUUUGGCUGCGCCGUCUGGGGACGAAAGUCGACCGCACUCGUCUCGCAGAGUCUGCUGAUCGCCUGCCUGUUUAUAAUAGGAGGUCUCUCGAAAUUGUACGCUGACAACCCCGAUGGAGCCUCCAGCAGCCUGAUUUAUGGCAAUGUGGCUGUCAUGUUCCUCUUCCAGGGGUUCUAUUCGGUUGCCUGGACACCGCUACUCUAUCUGUACCCGCCGGAGGUCAUGAAUUAUUCGAUCCGAGCAAACGGGUUGGCGUUCUCUUCGUUCAUGUUGAAUGCAGCUGCCAUUGUCCUCGUCUUCGUCAUGCCAAUCGGUCUGAACAACAUUGGCUGGAAGAUGUACAUGGUCAACGGAGGCUGGGACAUUAUCACCCUCGUGCUCAUCGCCGUUUUCUGGGUCGAGACGAAAGGCAAAACGCUCGAAGAGAUUGAUGCCAUCUUUGUGGGCCACAAGCACUCUGAUGUACCAGAUGUUGAGGCUGUGCGUCGUGGCAAAGUAGUGCUCGAUGUUCCGGUCGUGGAGAAGGAGCUUGAGGCGGAGGUUGUCGCUAUGAAGACAGAAUAG